AUGAGGAGUGUGGACCUCCGGCAGAGCCUGGAGCGCCGCAAGAAGGACCAGUUCGAGAAAUUCACACAGGCACUGGCUGAGGUUAGUCCCACGGAUUUCAUGCAAGAAGAUGUCUUAAAGGCUGGCGGGAUAUGUCUAGACUUGCAGCUUUCGGGAGCCAUACCUCCCAUUACCGAAUCCAGAAGAGUUGAUUCGGCCGGUCUGGCUGCAAUUGCGUUGAACGAGCGGCGUGCUGCUGAAGAGUUGAUCGCCAAGGCUCGGCAAGAGUCUUUGUUCACAAAACAGACGCUUGUUUCGCAAGCUAGAAGAUCCCGUGGAUUACGAUCACGGCGGCAGAGUUUGCGUCCCGUCUCUAUGCAGAGCACUCGUGCGAAUUCACCCUUUCCUCAAGCACGCAGCCCAGCAAGCCCAAUGUCGGCUAGCACAUCUGAUUGGGGAUUUUCCGGUCCAUCGCCGGAUUCUGCGAGUGAAGGAGCGCCAGACUCCUCGAUUCCGACGUGGAAGAUCUUGGAGGACAUGCUGGCAAAUUAUUACCGUCAGGCAGAGGAGCUGCGAGAUGUGGAGUAUGCUGCUGUGCAGCAAGCUCGUCGGCAAGAGACCGAGCUAGCGCAGCAAGAACAUGUCCGACGAGAACAUUUUGAAAUGCAGCAUCGUCGACGGGAAUUCGCAAUCAUCCACGAGCUACACAGGCGUGAACGGCGCCGGGUGUUCGACGAGUCUCGAAACGUGCUGGUUGUGGAUCGGCUGGCAGAGGAGAAGAUCAAGCUCAAGCUCGAACAGCAGCGUCGAAGAGAAGCUGCACGUCAACAGCGUGCACAGAGCAGCGCAGGACGUGCCAAGUACGAGUCUCACUUCGAUUUCAUUCUGUCGCAGGGUGCCCUCGAACGAGCCUGCUCCCAAGCUGACCGGGAGAAACAUCGCAUGAACCAGGCCGCCGAGACGAAGAUGAAAGUUGACCGGCGAAAGGAAAAGUGGGCAAGGCAUGCGGGACAGCUUCACGCACGGCGUGUUUUCCUUCAGGAGCAGAAGCGCGUGCGUGACGAAGACCGAGAUCGACAGUACAAGUACCAUGUGGCACGGCAAGCAGCCAUCCGGGAGAAGGAAGCGCUGGACAAGAAGCUCCAUGUCCAAACGCAAGUGAAUCUCCCCAAGGCUGUUCAGGAGAUCAAGCCAGAGAGUGGAGACAUCAAGCCAGAGAUGGACCGCAGCCUGCGAAGCCAUACGAGCCAACCGCCGGUGAACUGGUCUACCUCAGUGUCAACCCCUAGCGUACCUAGCUUUUUAGUUGUGGAAGACUUGACCAAGCAUCGUGAGGUCCCACAGGUCAUCGCAUCAUUGACUGACGAAGUGCGCGCACAAGUUCCGCUGCAUCGAUCCUACUCGAGCAAAGCCAUAGAUGGGCCCAAAGAAGCCGAUGCAGAGGAUGCCUAG